UAUUGUCCUGGUCUAACCUUUUUGUCGGUUUUAUAAGCCGGGUCUUAAUGUUAUUCUACUUUGGCUUUGUCAGCCGUUCUCCAGCUUGCUUUUUAACAGUUUCCUCUUCAGGCUUGCCGGCUUGUAGAAGCGAAUAACUUUCGUUGAUGGUGCUGGGUUUUGCGCAAAAGUGAGGAGUUAAAACAGGGGAAGAUGCUUGGAAUAUAUACAGAAAGGAGAUGUAUACUGAGGUCAGAGGCAGAGCUCUUUUCCAGCUUUCUGCAGACAAAAUUAAGAAUUAGUUGUGUUACAUGAGACUGAUGGGAAGGUAGAGAGAUUUCUUAUCGAAUUGAUUCAGUUUGGUCUUUAAGGAUUUCAUCCCAGUUUCAGAAAAUUGUUGUAAGAGUUUUAUCAGUUUUCAUUCAGAUAUUCAAAAGGGGAUUCAUUGAUAAUCUCUGUAUUCUAUAACAAGCUUUCUCUGAGAAAUAUGAGGAAGAAAUUGCAGUUGCAGCAUGGUUUUUUGGGAUUAGUACCCAUAUUGCUUAGUGUUUUGAGCACUGCACAGAGCCUCUGCAACAGAACCUGUGGUUCGAGAACAGUGAGAUACCCAUUUGGGUUUAAUGGCGACUGUCCUUACACACUGGAUAAAGAUUGUUCCCCAAAUGGGGAAGUAUACUUGAAGGGCUAUGAAGUUGUUGAUAUCACAAACAGUAGUGUUAUGGUUGAUCCAUGGAGCAAAAACAGAAACAGUAGUAACGUCACAUGCACCAAGGAAUUAAAUGACAUUUCAUCAGAUUUCAGGCAGCAAUUCGCUCUAACAGAUCGAAAUUUUCUUAUCUUGGGACCUAAUUGCACACAGUCCGACUGUAACUUCAACUUAACUAAUUUAUUAGAUCUGGGCAAUCGUAGAAAUAGUUGCAGAGAGGCGGAUAUGAAAAACUUUACAUGUAUGUCAAAUAUGGGUUUCAAGGGUUGGUUACCAUGGGAAAUGCUGCAGGGUUCGACAUGCAAAACCAUGUUGAGCAGCAUCAUAUAUGAAGGGGAUAAAAACUUUUCCGUCAGCAUAAGCAUAAGGGUGAAUAACAUUGAACUGGGAUGGUGGGUGGAUGGAAAUUGCAGCUGCUCUGCCAAUGCCACUUGCCAACGAUUUCUGAAUCCCAAUAACAACCAAACAGUGCACAGAUGCUCUUGCAUACCAAGCUUUCAGGGUGAUGGAUUUCUGGAAGGCACUGGAUGCAUUAAAGAUUCAGGCUGCAAUUCCUCUGGAAGCUGUGGCUCAAACUCAAAAAACAUCGUUAUGAUCUCCUCGAUUGUUGCAGCAACCGUCGUGGUUAUAGCCUCUGUUGUUGUAUACUACAUAAGACGAGCAUCUGCUGUCAAAAAGAGGACAGUAAGCGUGAAAAGGCUAUUGUCUGCCAAUGGAACAUUGACAAUUCCGAUCUACAGCUACAAGGAGCUGGAAAAAGCCACAAAAAACUUUUCUGAUAAGGAAAAGCUAGGGAGUGGAGCAUUUGGAACAGUGUAUGCAGGAAAGCUUCCAAGCAAACGCUUUGUGGCCGUGAAGAAGAUCAGGUAUAUGGGUGGUGAUGACAAUGGCAUGCAAAGAGUCCUGAAUGAAAUCAAUCUUAUAUCUUCAGUUGAUCACCCAAAUCUUCUGAGACUUCUGGGCUGUUGUCUGGAAGAAAGAGGAGAACCCAUUCUUGUCUAUGAAUUCAUGCCCAAUGGCACGCUCUGUGAGCACCUGAGAAGAGAAAGAGGAGAGGCGCUUUCAUGGAGAAAACGAUUAAAAAUAGCUGCAGACACUGCAGCAGCUCUUGCUUACCUUCAUUCCGCCAUUAACCCUCCAAUUUAUCACAGAGACAUCAAAUCCAGCAACAUUCUUCUGGAUUAUGAUUUCAAUUGCAAAGUUGCAGAUUUUGGGUUGUCAAAGCUUGUUUUGUCAGAAUCUUCCCACAUUUCCACAGCUCCCCAAGGAACUCCAGGCUAUGUGGAUCCUCAAUACCAUCAGAAUUUCCAUCUCUCUGAUAAAAGCGAUGUGUACAGCUUUGGGGUAGUGUUGGCAGAGAUGAUCACUGCGCUCAAAGUGGUAGAUUUCACGCGCCGUAAGGAUGAGAUCAAUUUGGCAUGGCUGGCUGUAAAAGCAAUUGGAUCAGGCAUUGUUGAUGAAAUUGCGGAUCCUUUUCUCAUGGUGGAUAAGAAUUCGUCUGUGAGAUCAAGUGUGCAUAGAGUCGCUGAACUUGCAUUUAGGUGCCUGGCAUUUGAUAAAGAUGCAAGACCUUGCAUGAUAGAGGCUGCAAACUACUUGUCCUCCAUUGCAGAUGAACAAGGAGAAGAAGAUAAUGGAGGUUUAAAACUUAAGGCGUUUCGCAUAUCCGCACCACAGUCUGAUCAAGAUCCAUCGUUUAGCAGCCUCGGCUCUGUGUCAAGUGAUUCUGUUUUAUAGUUCCCCAUCUUAAUUAACUGUUCUUCCAUUAUACAAUCGGAAUAUAGCUCCUUCCAAUUUUUUUUCAUUCUGGACUUCGAAUUCUUCUCAAACAUUUGAGGCCACUAAAUCUACAUUUUGGAAUGAACAUCUGUCUCUUUCAUGCUAUUCACAUGAUGAUCUUCUGAUCUUAAUGGAUAUAGAAAAUGUAUCAAAACAAAGAAAUAUUCAUAGUUAUCACAAGCGUUGUCCAAACAGUAUAUGUGUCAGAAGUCAGAAUGCAAACUAAACGAAGAGUCUAUGAAGCUUCUGGUGAUGGUCGAAAUUUGUUUUCGACCCCAUAUAACUGGUCUGUUUAAAAAUCUAUAAAUAGCCAUUUACGAAAGCAUGAGAGGGAUGCCUGCCUACUAGUUGGA